UUCCGUGAAAGCACCCGAAAGCCUGUUACCUUGCCCAGGUGAGCUCGAAAAAGCCCUGCACCCACGCUAGUGAGUUGCGGCCGAGAACUUCGGGCCGCGCGGGUAGGAAGAAAGGGAGUUCAGAAGGUCUUUGGACGCCGCGGCCUGGCUGGCUGCCUUCCUCAUGGCUUCGCCCAGACGUCCUGGCAGUGACUGCUCCCAGGUCAUCGACCACAGCCACGUUCCCGGGUUCGAGGUGGCCUCCUGGAUCAAAAUCACCCUCAUUCUGGUGUACCUGGCCAUCUUCGUGGUGGGCGUCCUGGGGAAUAGCGUCACCAUUCGGGUCACCCAGGUGCUGCAGAAGAAGGGCUACCUGCAGAAGGAGGUGACGGAUCACAUGGUGAGCCUGGCUUGCUCCGACAUCCUGGUCUUCCUCAUCGGCAUGCCCGUGGAGUUCUACAGCAUCAUCUGGAAUCCCCUGACCACGCCCAGCUACACCGUGCCCUGCAAGCUUCACACGUUCCUCUUCGAGGCCUGCAGCUACGCGACGCUGCUGCACGUCCUGACGCUCAGCUUCGAGCGCUACAUCGCCAUCUGCCACCCCUUCCGGUAUAAGGCCAUGUCGGGGCCCUGCCAGGUGAAGCUGCUCAUCGGCUUCGUCUGGGUCACCUCCGCCCUGGUGGCGUUGCCUUUGCUUUUUGCCAUGGGAGUCGAGUACCCCUUGGCGAACGUGCCCAGUCACCGCGGUCUCACGUGCAACCGCUCCCGUACCCGCCACCACGAGCAACCGGAGAUUUCCAACAUGUCCAUCUGUACCAACCUCUCCAGCCGCUGGACCGUGUUCCAGGCCAGCAUCUUCGGUGCCUUCGUCAUCUACCUCGUGGUCCUGGCCUCCGUGGCCUUCAUGUGCUGGAGCAUGAUGCAGGUGCUCACGAGGAGUAAGCAGGGCACGCUGGCCGCCCAGGGGCAGCAGCUGCAGGUGAGGAAGUCGGAGAGCGAGGAGAACAGGAGCGCCCGGAGGCAGACCAUCAUCUUCCUGAGGCUGAUCGUUGUGACGUUGGCUGUCUGCUGGAUGCCCAACCAGGUUCGGAGGAUCAUGGCUGCGGCCAGACCCAAGCACGACUGGACCAAGUCCUACUUCGAGGCGUACAUGAUCCUUCUUCCCUUCUCGGACACCUUCUUUUACCUGAGCUCAGUCGUCAACCCGCUGUUGUACAACGUGUCCUCGCAGCAGUUCCGCAGCGUGUUCGGGCAGGUGCUGCGCUGCCGGCUGACGCUGCCACAUGCCAACCAGGAGAAGUGCCUGCGCGCCCACGUGGCCUCCGCCGCAGAUGGUGCCCGCUCCGCGCGCCGCCCACUCAUCCUCCUGGCUUCCCGGGCUAAUUCCUCUGCAAGGAGAACUAACAAGGUUUUCCUAAGCACUUUCCAGAGCGAGGCCAAGCCCGAACCUAGGCCUCAGCAGUUGAGUCGCGAGUCACCAGAUCCCAACUCGGAGGUGAAACCUGCCAACCCUGCCACCGAAAAUGGCUUCCAGGAGCAUGAAGUGUGACUGUCUGUCAAGGAAGGAAGGGAAGCUGGAGC